AUGUGGUCCUCGUGCCGCGUCCUUCCGGACCUGCUCAGGGUCCAGACCAUGGUCCAUACGGGGAUCCGCUGCCUGACCCUCACUCCUGCACAGCACACAGUGGUGGUGGAGCGGUGGUGGCAGGUGCCUCUGUCGAAAAGAGGAAGUCCACCAAGACUCAACCCGCGGCGACACAGGAUCUACAAAGUGGUGGAGGACAAGAAGCACGAGCCGCAGGAGAAGAUGGAGCUGAUCCUCACACAGACUGUCCCCAAGCUUGGUGGAAGAGGCGAUACAGUGUUUGUGAAGAAGUCCGUUGGUCGUAAUAAGCUGCUCCCGGACGGUCUGGCUGUGUAUGCGUCGCCAGAAAAUAAAGAGACGUUUGCCGAGGAGCUAAAGCUGCGACAACAGGGGAAGUCAGAGGAGCGCUUACAAACUCGAACAGGACAAAUGACUGUAGAUUUUCUCAAACGCAUAAAGUUGACUAUACACCAAAUGCCGACAGACAAUUUCCAAGUGACCAAAGAAGUGGUCUGUAGACGGUUCCUAAAGAAGUUUUUAUUGGUUGUGCCGCUCCAUACGCUAACCCUUCAACAAGAGCCGAUCAAAGAACUAGGAGACUACUGGUGUGAAGUGACGGUCAAUGGAAUGGACACUGUACGAGUCCCUCUGUCUAUAAUCCCGUAUGAAGACCAAUCUGCCGUUUAUCAGAAGCAGCUAAAAGCCAAGAGACUUGAACAGAAAUUGGCAAACAGUGAAUCUGCAUCAGAAGAUGACAUCGAUGUGAACUCUUUAACAGACGACACCACCCCAUCAGGAGACGACCCCAAGAAAGAAUAA